AUGUUUGGGAAUCUUUUCGAGGAAGAGGAGGAAGGGUUUUCGCCCAGUCCCUCCACGGGAAGGGUGGUAAAGGGGGGAGAGGAGCCGCCCCCACCCCGGGGAAGAAGCAGCCUGUGUGGCAUCAAGAACCAGGGAGGGACCUGCUACCUCAACUCUCUGCUCCAGACCCUGCUGUUCACCCCUGAGUUCAGAGAGGAGCUGUUCAAGUUGGGGCCUGAGGAAUUAGGCCGACUUGAAGACAAGGACAAACCAGAUGCCAAAGUCCGGGUAAUCCCACUGGAGCUUCAGAGACUGUUCGCCCGUCUGCUGCUAGUGGACCAGCAGAGUGCCUCGACCGCUGACCUCACCGACAGCUUUGGCUGGAACAGUAGUGAGGGGACGAAUCAGCACGAUGUGCAGGAGCUGAACAGGAUCCUGUUCAGUGCUUUGGAGCACUCUCUGGUGGGCACGAGUGGUAGUACAUUUAUCCACCGCCUGUACCAUGGGACCACUGUCAACAGCAUUGUCUGCAAGGAGUGUGGCAACGUCAGCCAGAGACAGGAGGACUUCCUGGACCUGACGGUGUGUGUCUGUGGUUUGUGUAGCCUGGAAGGGGCAUUGUGGAACAUGUUUGUAGAGGAAGAGCUGUUUGAGGGCAACAACCUUUACCGCUGUGCACAGUGUGACAAGCUAGUCACUGCUGCCAAGUCUGCCAAAUUGAGGAAGCUCCCGCCUUUCAUGACCAUGUCUUUGCUGAGAUUCAGCUUUGACUUUGCAAAAUGUGAGAGAUACAAGGAGACGGGACGCUACACCUUCCCCCUCACCAUCAACCUGCGGCCUUUUUGUGAACAGACUGAUGGAGAGGACUCUGAUUACUCCUAUGAGCUGUUUUCUGUCAUUAUCCAUAAAGGUGGUUGCUAUGGCGGCCAUUACCACGUGUACAUCAGAGACAUCGAUCAGCUUGGCCAGUGGGAGCCACCGGAAGAGGACUCCAAACCUAAGACUAAGAGGAAGGUUGAGGAGGUCAGUGUGAGUGAGCCAAAGCUAGAAGAGGACGACCCCCUGUCUGUCCUCACUGCUAUUAUAGUCCAGGAGCCAUCCAAGAGUGUGCUGCUGGACCAGCUGGGCCAGAAACUGAUGAAUAAGAUUGGUUCCUCCUGGAGCAAAAAGUUCAGGAAACACUACGGUCCCAUAGGCAAGUUCCUUCAGUCCCACAAUGACGUGUUCAUCUUGGUGUCUAAUGGUACACGAGUGGCUCUGAAGGCAAACCCACCAACCCCAGGGACUGAGCCCUCCACCCCGACAGACCAAACCACGAGUCCUGAUCCUUCCCCUGCUUUGGAUGCAGGAACCACUGACGCACAACAAGAAGUAGACCAGGAACCAAAGCCUGAGACAGAGGUUAGCUACUGGUUUGACCUGAAUGAUUCCACAGUGACCUCCAUCAGGGAGUCUGACAUCGAGAAGCAGUUCCAGGGCAAAGAGAGCGCCUACAUGCUGUUCUACAGGAAAACACAGCUGCACAGGCCCAGUGAAGCCCGGAAGAAUCGCCAGUAUAAAGUUCCUCCUCACCUUGUACAGAUGGCUCAGGAGGAGAACAGCAAACUACAGCAGAGGCGGGAGGAGUUUGAAGCCAGCAAUAACAGUGUGGAGCUGCACUUGCACCUAGCGCCUUCUUAUAGGCUCGAAAACGGAGCCCUUCAGCCAAUCAGCAAAGAGCAGAAUAGGAUCACCACCCUCACUUUUGACCGUAGGAAGACUGUUGGAGACCUGCGAUUAGCCAUAUACCAGAUGCAGGAACUCUGGGAGGGUGAUAUGGCUCUCACUCUGGCCAAAUGUCUGCCUGCAGGUCUCCACCUCUACAAUACUCUUACAGAUGAUAAUGUCUCCUUGUACAGUGCAGGCAUCUAUACAAACACUGACCUGUUUGUGUGGAACGGCAGAGAGGUGUGUGGUGCAACUGUCCUAACUGGAGCCGAGUGGGAGCCGGUGCUGCUGACAGUAGUUCGCCCCUUUCUGGGAGAAGAUAUGGAGGAGGAGGUAGAGAACGGGGUGGAGCAUGAGGAGGAUGCAGGCAGGAUUGAAAAUGGGGGGCCAGGGCUGAAACGGCAGGCAAGAGGGUUUGCAGGUGGUGCAACUCUAGGGGAGGUGAGGGACGCACUGGGGGAGCCUCAGGAGAGUCUUCUGUGCCAGGAGCAUGGGGCAGGGAAGAGAGGAGGGCACGGGGCAGGAGAGGGGGGAGGGGCAAGCGGCUGGAGGGUGUUCCCUCCAGAGGACAUGCAGCGGACGUUAAAGGAGCUGUCACUGAAAGACGGAGAUGCACUGCUGGUGCUGGAGCCCCAGCUGUUCGACAGCAGUGUGUUCAAUCGAAAUGGAGAUGUCGUCACUGUAACUACACCGUCAGACUGCCGCUGGCUUCAGGUGGCUCUCCGAACACAAGGAGGAGAGGGAGGAGAAGAAGCAGGAGAAAGAAAGGGGGAGAAAGAGAAAGAAGAGAGGAGGAAGAAAGCAAAGAUUCCUGCCUCAGGAAAUAUGUUAUUGUGUGAGGUGAAACAGAGGGCCAUAGAGGAGCUGAAGCUCUCAGGUGCAGAGUACUGUUUGAGACAGAUCGACCGAACAGGCAAACUCCUUCCUCCAGUGUGUGAGGAGUUGAGUGUUCGUGAUGCAGGGGUGCGGCUCAUGACGACACUGAUGCUGUGCCCUGGGACUGCACCUAAAGCAUCACAGCUGUUCUUGCACUUCUCUGUUGGCGCAGCGCCCUCUGCUGGCAUGGAGAUGGACAUAAUUGUAGAGCAGACUUGUACUGUCAAGGAGUGUCUGAAGGCAAUGCUGGAUGCUGUGGGACUUGAAGGCAACAGCUGGCACUUGAGGAGGCUCGACUGGUGUGAGGAGGUUGGUGAGCCCUUGAUGGAUGAGGAUGCUUCUCUGUCCGAGCUGAAGAUAAGUAAUGGAGAGACACUGGUUGUCACAGAGGGACAGCUGCCUCCAAAGGGUUUUCUCAAGCUGUCUGUGUGGCUUUAUCUGGAUCCUCGAAACAACUCAACGGUCUCCAUGGAAACUGACCUUAAUCACGCUGAUAACGGCUGCUCUGACGGGCAGAUGCUGGAGGCUGCGGCUGCAGGGGACACACCCUGUCACUUGCUUCCUCUGUCCGGUGGCAGCAUGGCAGAGCUGAGAACCGCAGGGCAGGUGGAGCUCACAGACGAGGCUACGCUGGAGGAUCUCAAAACUCAGGUGUUGACAUUGCCUGCCCUUCAGAGUGUGUGUGCGCCAACUCCGGCAUUCUUGCGUGUUUGGCAGCUGGAGGGACAGAGGCUGGCACGUAUCCUCAGAGGACAGCAACUCACGCUGAGGCAGUUGAAGCUAACCAGUGGCACAGACAUCUGUGUGCAACAACUACUGAAAGAGGAGGAUCUUGGCCCCAAGGAGGUGAUGCUGCAUGUUCAGAUGGGUAUACCAGGGGAGAGGUGUUACUACCCUCCUGAGGAGCUGGUUUGGGACGCAUCCCGUGACUCUUCUGCCCGCUCGCUGCGCACCACCGUGGCAGCACACUACGGCCUCUCCCCUGACUCCCUGCUGCUGGCCAAACACCAGCCAGACAAACACAUCUGGGACACCAUCUCCAGCUGGAGCCAGCAGGUGUCCAAACGAAAAAAGAAGAAAAAGGCAGAAUCACUCUUGGGAGCACCGUUCCACCUCAAAGAUGGUGACACAAUUGGUAUCAAGAACCUGUUGGUUGACAGCAACAGAGACUUCUGCACUUUGGAGGAUGAGCAGGGCCAACAGAGGCUGAGAGAGCAAGCAGAGCAACUCAGGAAAGGUUUUAGAGGACAGGCUGCAGGCUCUGAUGGCGUUCAGGGGGCUGCACCAGAGAAGAAGACCGGGCCAACCAAGACCAGGAAGCCAGAGGUGGCGCUGUCCAUUAAUGUUGGGGUGUUCAGAUAGCCCAGCUUCUUUGGCUACAUGGCCAAAUCCCAGCUUCCUGUUACUACAUGCUCACACUCGGUCAGUGAGACACCACUUUGCAAUCAGGACAAUCCACUCGACGUCAGUCUUGUGCCAAAAAACUGAUCUCAUUCCCUCUGCAUACUGUAUUUCUGCCCUAAUGUUACAAACCUGACAAACACAUCUAAUCCCUCCCUGUUCUCCUGUCUGAGCAGCCAUAGGCAGAGGAGGAGGACAAGGGCUUUCAUCUUUGGCACUUUGCUUUGCUGUCUUGAAACUGGUGACUGUAAUUGGCAUUACGUCUAUGCAAUAUUACUGACCACAUGACUGAUAUAUGACUCCCUUUUCUGUUUCACUGUCCCACUCUGCCAGUACUCAAAAUUACAUCAGCCAAAAAAACAUGCCUUUUUAUUCUAAUUUAUUUCUGUUCAGCCACCUUUUUAUUCUCUUUGGGAUACUGGGAGAUGAUUGUUCCUUUCACAAAUCAAACGUUUUGGGCUAUUACCUUCUGUAUAAACAUUAAGUGAGAGGCCCAGACUAAACAGUUUCUAAUCGAGUGUUUUCUCAUUUUUUGUUUUUGCUGUUACCACUAAAGGUUAAACUGGUAGAUACAUGGCGAAGCUCUUGAUAGCUAGAGUUCCUAUGUCAUAAACUGUUUUGUAUAACCUGUAUGUCAGGUUUGCAAAUUUAUACCAGCCUCCAGCUGACUGUUUUUAAAUUUUGGCUUGUCUAGUCUACAAGUUGCAAUGGAAGGUAAAAAACCAUGGUUAUGUUCUGCUGCGGCUCAUAAUAACAAAAAGUGGAGGGCCUUUUCUACAGCACGCCGGUCACUCUGCCCCAUGAACAAAAUGUGGAUUUCUGGGCUUCAUCGAUGAGCUUGGCUGAGAUUGAUGCGAGAGAGGAGAGCCAGGCCUUAGCAUGGAGAAGCCCCCGUGCUGCUCUGUCCCCCUACCUCAAUCUCUACCUCUCUCACUCUACCUCUGCCUUCCUUUUCUUUCUCUUUCCUUCAACACUUCCCCAAUUUUGUCUUUCUUUCAUCCUUUUUUUCUCCUUUACCCCCACACUGUCUCCGCCUGCUCUGCCACACUGCGCUCCACAGGUAAUUAGAGUCUCGCUCAAGAACAAUACCAAAUAACAUUAUGAAUUCAAACGCCUCCAACCACCAUUAUUCUCACUGAACAUGAAAGCAGAAAAAAAGAGUUCUGAUUUGCUAUGAGAUUAAUCUUGCGUGUUAAACAUUCACAUUUCAUUUGCAUGCACUACAAUGUCUGAACAUCAGGGAAUUAACAGAUUUACAGAUAAUUUAUGUGAGGAAAUGUAAUGAUAUAUGAUGUGUCAUCAACUAUGGUCAUAUAUAGUAUGUUUUGUUUUGGUAAAUUGAUAAGAGAUUUUCUAUGCUGCUUGCAUUUUUUUUAUGUGUUAAUCUGGCCUGGAUCAGUGCCAAGAAUUUCAUAGUGGAAAUUUACUGAGUUUUUCUGUUUGAAGCAAAAGAGGAAAACAGUUUGACGAUAUAAUAGUAUUUCUUUUUGUAUCAAGCAGUAUCAUUUAUUAGUGUUAUUGACGAGGACUCGUCCACUGUAGAGUACUUAGGACAGCAGACAUCUGUUUGUAACUGUAAGUCUUUGUCAAAUUCUGUCUGCAGAAAGUAUUUUAUGAACAAUAAACCACAUUAACUACA